AUGCCACGCUACUAUACCGACCAGGUCUGCCCAGAUAGAAGGCCAGCCACGAUUGUGGUAUAUGAUGGCAUUUCAACUGGUCCGAUCUUCAAGAUGGAAAAGGGGACUGAGUCGGUGGUGUGCUUCAUCAACAAAGCCAAAAUGAACAAUUCUGUUCACUUGCACGGAUCUUACUCGCGAGCUCCCUUUGAUGGUUGGGCUGAAGACACCACGAAGCCAGGGGAGUACAAAGACUGUUACUAUCCAAAUAACCAAACGGAAAGGAUGCUGUGGUAUCACGACCAUGCCAUCGACCACACCCCCGAGAAUGCCUACUUCGGCCAAGCAGGUGUCUACCUCCUCCACGACGUUGCCGAAGACUCUCUCAGUCUCCCCAGCGGCCCCUACGACAUUCCACUUGUCCUGUCAGCCAAACAAUACAACAACGACGGGACGCUGUACUCCCCCGCCGCGACCAGUCUCUACGGCGACAUUAUCCACGUCAACAGCCAACCCUGGCCGUAUUUUAAAGCUGAGCCGCCCAAGUACCGUUUCCGGCUCCUCGACGCCUCCAUCUCGCGCUCUUUCCUCCUGUACUUUGAAAGCACGAGAAAUCUAAAAUCGGGAAGAAGCAGACCGCAGAAGGUACAGGAACUGUAUAUUUCCAUGGCGGAACGGUACGAGAUCGGGUUUGAUUUCUCGAAAUACAAGGGCAAGAAUGUCACUCUAAGAAACACGCGCGGCUUCGCCUUCGAUACGGAUUACCUGCACACGAACAAGAUGAUGCGGUUUGUGGUGUCGGGCAAUAUCGUGCAGGACCGGUCUGAUAUGCCGAAUGCGUUGCGGACGAUUCCGUAUCCCCCCGACAUGGGAGUCGUGGACCAUCAUUUCAAGUUCGAGAUGACGGGGGGCAGGUGGAUGAUGAAUGGGGUUAUGUUUUCGGAUGUUAAGAAUCGCGUCUUGGCUAAGCCGGCCAGGGGCAGGGUUGAGGUUUGGGAGUUGGAGAAUAGCACAUACCACGCCCCCUGGGUUGGAGUGUACAUGUUUCACUGUCAUAACCUCAUCCACGAGGACCACAAGAUGAUGGCCACUUUCAACGUCUCAUAUAUAGCGGAUCUGGGAUACGACGAGACGCACUACAUCGACCCUAUGGAACCGCGGUGGCGUGCCAAGCCCCAAAUUUCUGCGGAUUUCACCGAUGAUGCGAUUACCAAGCGCAUCCAGUUCUUGGCUUCUUCAAACCCUACCAAGACUACGAGGGAUGAGGACACGAAGACGAGCAUGGCCACAUCACAACUUCCGACUGCUACAGAGAAUUGA